UGGGUUUGGGGCCUCCCCUAUGGGGCUGCGCGCCCCACCCUUUUUUUUUAAACCCAAAAGUGCCCUACGGAAAGGUACUUUCCGUAUUCAAUUUAACUGAAUACGGAAAGGUACUUUCCGUAUUAUAUUUUGAUGAAUACGGAAAGGUAUUUUCCGUAUUUAACUCUGACAGGAUUCCCCCUUUUUCCACCAUUACUCCUCCCUCACCAACUUUCACCAACCCCUCACCAGCCCCCCUGAACCUCCUCAAUGCCUCCAGACCACCCUCUCUCUCACCCUCUCCUACCUCACUUUCAUUCCCAAGCUCUCCACCACCAUCCACUCCUUCAUUUCCCAAGCUCUCCACCACUACAACAAGUGUUGUAGUAGAGGUAAGUCUAUGUGUUUAUUUGUUGUUAUUUUGUAGGAUUAAGUAGUGGAAGUAGUUAGAUUAAGUAGUUUAAGUAGUUAGAUUAAGUAGUUUAAGUAGUUAGAAGGAUGGGUUUUUGAAUUCUGAGUCGUGAUAUAAUACGGAUUGUUAUCUUCCGUAUUGAAUAUGGAAAGGUACUUUCCGUAUUCAGUAUGGAAAGUAACAAUCCGUAUUCGGUAUGGAAAGUAUAUUUCCGUAUUGAGUAUGGAAUGUAACUUUCCGUAUUCUCUUCCAGGGAUGACAGAUUCAUUUUUCUUUGGUGAGUCACAAUUGAUUGAAGCUGGAUUUCACAAUGGUCAACCUGAAGAGGCCACUACAGAGGUGCCACCACCAGCAUUUGUGCCCCCGUGUAUAAGUAUAGAUGUCUCGCAUUUAUUUGCAACUGAUCAGAUUUUCCCUACCCGUGAUGAUCUUAUCAAUUGGGUUCAUGGAAUUGCGAUUGAAAAUGGAUAUGUUACGUUGAUCACAAAGUCAGAUUAUGGUGGGAAUGGAAGCAGAAAAGCUUAUGUCAUGUUGGGGUGCGAGAAGCAUGGUAAAUAUGUUCCUUAUAGAGACCCUGACCUUGUUGAAGGGACGAGAUCACAAAAGACAGGUUGUCCUUUUAGACUAAAAGGACGACCUAGGAAAAAUGGCAUAGAUAGAGAUUGGCGGCUAAAGGUGAUGGAAGGUAUACACAACCAUGAACCAGCUAGGUCACUACUUGGGCACAAUUUUGUUGGUCGUCUAAAACCCGGAGAGAAGGAGCAAGUGGGAAAAAUGACAAGGAGUUGGGUUCCACCGAGAAAGAUGUUGUUGACUUUGAAGGAAAACAAUCCUUCAAACUUGACUACCAUAUCUCAGAUUUAUGGUGUUUGCAAGAGGUUAAGAAAAUCCCUCCGCGGGGGAUUUACAGAAAUGCAACACUUGUUGAAGAAGUUGGACGGUGACAAGUAUGUCCACUUUGAAAGACAUGAGCCUGGAUCGGAAGUCAUUAGGGAUGUAUUUUGGGCUCAUCCAAAUGCUAUCAAACUGUUCAACACAUUUCCAUAUGUAGUGAUUAUGGAUUGCACAUACAAGACAAACAAAUAUGCAAUUCCCUUGCUUGAGAUUGUUGGACUGACUUCCACAGAUAAGACAUACUCCAUAGCCUUUUGCUACAUUGUUAAUGAGGGCACAGAUGACUACGUUUGGGCACUGGAGUGUAUGAAGUCUCUAUUAGCUGAUCAAGCCAUGUUGCCUAAGGUGAUUGUUACUGACAGGGAUCUUGCCUUAUUGAGUGCUGCUAAGCAAAGCCUUCCUAACACUACACAUUUAUUAUGCUUGUGGCACAUCAACAAGUGUGUUUUGGCAAAGUGCAAACUCUAUGUUGGCACAGAUGAUUUUGCUGAGUUGGUUAUGAUGAAGUGGGCAGAGGUGGUGGAUGCUGCAACAGUUGAAGAAUUUGAAGUGAAAUGGAUGCAAUUGUUUAAUAUGUGCAAGGCAAAAUACAACAACUUUACCUCCUAUUGUUCUACUACAUGGUUGGUUCACAAGGAGAAAUUCGCCAAGGCAUGGACAAAUCAUGUGAUGCACUUUGGAACAACAACAAGUAACAGGGCUGAGGGUGCACAUGCCAGUUUGAAGAAGAUGUUACGGGAUUGCAAGGGUGACCUGGCCACUUCAUGGGAUGCGUCGCAUAGUUUGACAUGUAAUCGACAUACUGAAAUAUUAGCAUCGUUUGAGCGCAGUAUUCACAGAAUUGAUCACAUUUUCAUGUUCCCAUUUUACACAAAUAUUAGAGGAUUUGUGUCAAACAAAUGCCUGCAGCUCAUCGACGAUGAACAUAUAAGAAUGAAGUCCUACGGCGGAUGCGAUUGCUUGUUGAGAGAGACUCAUGGACUACCUUGCGGUUGUGAACUUGCAGGUUAUGAAAGAAUUCCAUAUGAGUCAAUUCAUCCAUUCUGGAAGAGACUGAGUUGGGAGCAUGUACCUGAACCUGUUGCAGAUACUACCAGCAACCAUAUUUGCGGCAUGAACCAUGGAGAUAUGCAACCAGAAGUUGAGGCAUUGACACAUUAUUUCAGUUCUUUGGAUACUGGAGGGCAGAGUAUGGUAAGGAGGAAGCUUCAAGCGAUCUAUUGUCCUGAAAGCAGUUCACUUUGUACUCCUGCGGUUAAGAUAAGGUCCAAGCGCACUCUUAAGGCGAAUGAGAAAAUACCACCUAAGAAUAAAGCAAUAGGAUCCUUGACUCGUGAUCUUUCAGGUUUUGAACAUGUUGAUAGGGAGAUCAGAGAGGCAAAGAAGGUUUCACAACCACCAAAGAAGAAGAAGCGUGUGAAGAAGUCUGAUACAAGCUAUUUCAUGGGUCAUUUUCCAGCCUUUUUCCACCCAUAUAUACAAACAGUUCAGAAUGUUGAGGAUGAUGGUAACUGUGGCUAUAGAGCCGUUGCUCUAUUACUCGGACUACCAUCAGGUGAGGAAAGUUGGUCAUGGGUUAGGGCAGCGUUGAUAGAAGAACUUGAACGACACAGAGGGUUGUAUGAUGAAAUGUGGUCCAGACAUGUGGUUAAUGCCUUACAUUCCCGACUCACUCUUCCUCCUGGUCAUCCGGCUACCGAGGAUAAAUGGAUGCAACUGCCAGAGAUGGGAUACCUUGUAGCAACCAGGUUCCAAGUGGUUUUCAUAUCCAUCUCCUCUACGGGUUGUUGGUCAUACCUUCCACUAAGAGGAGAAGGUCCACCGGAUGUACAUCCUGUUAUAGCUGUUGGUCAUGUGAUUAAUCACUUUGUACAGCUCCAUCUAACUCCUGGACAUUCUAUGCCGCCAAUUGCUCUCCAGUGGGAACGGUAUGUUGAUCCUACAUCAGUAAGCUGGUGCGCCCCAUAUGGUACACGUUUAGGAAGAUUCACAUCAGAAUAUGAAGCUUGGCUUGUUACUUUUGGUGUUCCUCUUAUUCACCAAAGCUAUGUAGACAUCACCUCAGAUUGACACCACACUUUUGUGUGAUAUUCAUUUGUAAACGCUCUGUAAUAUUAAUCUGAUGGGCCUUGCCUUUAUGAUGUUCAUUUGUUGCUUUUAAUAAUAUUAAUUUGAUGGUCAUUGUUAUAUUGAUGGGCCUUAUUAUUUUGAAUCAGCAUCAGGGAUAAUUAACAUAGACAACCACUCUGUCAUCAGAGUCCUGUCAUUUUCAUCCACCCCAUCAUCAGAGUCCUGUCAUUUACAACCACCCCAUCAUCAGAGUCCUGUCAUUUCCAACCACCCCAUCAUCAGAGUCUUGUCAUUUUCAUCCACUAAAUGACGAACUUGAAACCUGACAUUACUAUCUACCACCAACCAACCCCAACCACACUUGUAUUAUCCACCAAACACCAUAAAUCUUUUGACCAUUCUGCUAUAAAUCUCUCUGGGUUCUUUAUUCUUCUUCAUCCUUUUCUUCAUGUCUUGCUUUCGAAGAUAAAAAAAAACAAUGGAACAAGACUGGGAUGCAUUAGUCCGCCGUUGCAAACGUCAAGGCAGCACUUCUAGCAGCUCUCGUCCUCUCAUUCCUGGGCCAGCUGGCGCCGUCCAGGCUGCCAUGUAUGGGCGUAGAUCCAACCCUAACACACUACUCAUUCCGACCCAAGAAUUUGUGAGGCGUGCGCUCGAAGACAGAUCAACCGAAACCGAUCCUGAUUUCAAUUCAAAUGCUUGGCUUACAGCCCUGCAAUUGGUGGAAUCUGCCACUCCGCUGGGCACAAUCACAACGAAUGUUGAGAGAGUAGAGAGUGUUGUUGCUGUUAUUAAAUCAUGCACUCCCAAUGGUUUCGGAGAUGCCAAAGUUACCCUCAAGGUAUUUGCUCGCUUUUGUCCAGCUUCUUUAACCGUCAAUUUGUUGUCUCAUUUUCUCUCACGAUUGCAUUGAUUUAGGACCCUACGGGCACCGUUGACGCUAGCGUCCAUC